GGGCUGCAUACCUUCAUCUGCACUGAGUCCGUAUCGCUGCUGCGGUCAGAGGAUGAGCUGUGUUCCUGUGCUCUCCAGACCAGUGCUCCAUACCCUCAUGCCGCUCCUUUAGCCGUGCGCAGUGGGCUUUCUUUUGUACAUAACUAUACCAGGCCUUAUUGCAUCACCGCCCAGCGACGCGUGCUUCCCGCCCGUCCCAUCUCUCAGCGCGUGGAGUUGAAUGCACGCUCGACGCACCUCAGAGUCCUCGCCUGUGCUGCCUUCAUCCCCGCCAGCUGGCGCCCAGCAUCUCGGCGAAGCUCUCGAUCCGUCUGAAGAGCGCAGCGUCGUGUCGCCCGCGCAGACGCUGUGGACUGCAUUGUCCCCAACUCUUACGCUCGCCAACUCUAGCCCCGAGCUGCCCACGCUCUCUACCCUCUCCGCCCUCGGACGCAGACCGCGCACGCCGUCCACUGUCGCGAGAAACGACCGAGACCGGCCAGACGACACCUCGUUCUACACGGCCAGCUGGGGCAGUCCUUACAGACACCCUCCCCCGGUCUUCAACCCUCAGCGCCUCACCUCGGCCACUCUCGACAGCGACGAUCUCGAAGAGGGUUCUUCCGCCCUCCAGUUCGGCCUCGAGCACCUACUGCCUCCGCGACUCGAAGUAGAAGACGACGCUCCCGGCCGAUUCAACCUCGAGCAUCUCAUCCCCCCUGUGGACCCAGACGGCUCGCCGAACCAAUUCACACUCGAGAAUCUCAUUCGAUCUCGACUCCCUCGAUCGAUAACACCGACUAGGGAAUCACAAGCGUAUUCUUUCACCCCGCGGGCUUCUGACAAGAAUCCUACCUCGGAAGAGUGGGUUCGGUCAUUCCUCGAGGAGCGUUGGAACCGAGAGAAGAACAACUGGAAGAGCGACAUCAGCAUUGAUCUCGACUCCAGUGAAGAAUCAGGUCAAGAUCACGACUUCCUCUUGCCAGGCCCGCCGAAGAGAGGACACACAGCCAACAACAAGACGCUCAACCAGCAAGACUUCUGGCGCCACAUUAGCAAAGAUCAGAAAGAAGCCCUCGGCAGGAUGAUGUCCUCAAAGUAUGCCGACGAUCCCACGUCGAAUCCUCGACAGGUCUCAGGCUCCGGUCCUGCCGCCUCACAGUUCCCUCCUCGAACAUCGAGUGUGCGCAACUUGUUUGCAUCGUCAAUCUCGCCUCGAGAUGUGACCCCUUCGCAUUCGCCGAUGCCAGUAGAACAUACACCCAACCAGCCUCCAACACCCGUCGAGCCCACAAGAACGCCGAUCCCAAGGACUCGCAAGAAGGUCAUGGUCAAGGGCAAGGGCUGCAUCAUCUCGAUACCACACGACAUCCCAAGAGGUACUCACGGGUACCCACCGAAGCCCAUGAGCCCAGCAGCCGUGCAGGCAAAGAUUGAGGAUUUGCAGCGUCUGGGCUACAACACAAGUGGUUUUGGUCACUGGAACGGCGUGGAUGCUGGAGAUCAGCAGGCGCACAACCGAGCCAUAUGGCCGACCGAAGACGAUAUGCGGGCUGAGCGCGCCAACCCAGGGUUGAGUUUCAAGGUCUACGUGCCGAAGAAGAGUGAAUGGGACAAUUACGUUAAUUCGUUGGUGGAGGCGAAGCUUGCAGCCUUGGGAGUCAGUCUGGGUGGAGAAGACGAAGCGCCAGCACCCAUGUCCCGCCAGGUGUCAGGACAGUAUCCGGGUCUGCCCUUCUCUCCACCGUUGCCAACUCCGUCUGGUGGCAGUCACCGUGGCAGACAGGGAAGUGUCGUCACUGGUCCCUUCCCAUUUGGACCAUCACCCGGCCACAUGUCUCGCCAAUCGAUCGCGUCACCAGCCGCAUUCGGAAAUGUUCGACCGAGCAUGCACAUGCACCGUCACUCGACAUUCGGUCCCGGAAGCUUUUCUCACCAUGGCAUGUCUCCGUCUGUCUCCGGCACAUGGUCUCCAGGUGGCUACUUUGGCUCUCAAGAUGGACGUGGUGGUUCGCCAGCACUGCCUGCCUUGCCACCAAGCAGAUCCGAUCUUGCUGGGAUGGUAUCAUCACCUCAUUCGCCGUUCGGCAGGCGAGCAAGCCAGCAGUUUCCUCACUCGCCGUUGGCGCAGGACGAUCUCAUGGUCCAGAUGCAAAUGCAGCAACAGCAGUUGCAGGCGCAAAUGUUCCAACAACAGCAGCAGCAGCUCAUGGGACUGCGACCUAAUUCUACACUUGCGGAGGUGCCGGAAGACGAGUCCGAGGAAGAGGUGCUGCCUCCUCUGAAGAAUGUCACCAAGCCCGCACCGGAGAUUGCUCACCCAACUCCUCGCACUCAUCGCCACAAUCUUAGUGAGAACAUGGAGCGCGAGGCUGCUGAUGCGGAGUAUCAUCUGGAAGAGGCGAUCGAUAAGCAAUUUGCUGAAGGAGGUGAUUUCAACACUGAACCUGAAGUCACUGCCCAGCGCAAUGGUGUGGCUAACAACACAUGGGAGAAGUCUCGCCCUGUCCUGCACCAGCCUCAGCCACACAACAGAGCGCAUUCGAUCACGAAGUCCCAGCAGCAGGUUCCUUUCGCUUUCCCUGCGCACCAGCCACACAACCCUCGCGAGGACAGCAACGGUGCCAGGACCAACUUGUCCGAAAACACAAAUCCAAGUCUCGAGGAUGGCGAGAUCCGCUCGAACCAGCAUUCACAGGCACCCUCGCAAGUCAGCAACCCAUGGAAAGACUCAAAAUUCGCCUACAACAGCACCACCUCUACUAUGCAUAGCAACCAUGCUUCAAAAUCAUCGCUUUCGAAGCUCAACGUGGAGGCGAAAGAAUUCAAGUUCAAUCCUGCUGCUUCGUUCAACCCGGGAUCGAGCUCCAACAGCAAGUCUAGCAUUGACGGACUGUCAAGUUUCAACGUCACAGCUCCUGCAUUCAAGCCGGAUGCUGUCGCGUUCCAGCCCACAGCACCCACUUUCAAACCUGUUGCGGAUGCGCCGGCAACCAAACCCGCGGAGCCACGAAAUGGCAUGGAAGCGCCUGAGUUCAAGCCUGCAGUUCCUGCAUUCCCCAGCAGUGGUUUCAGCUUCUCGAGUCCGCCAGCAUUCAAGCCGGAUGCUCCAGCGUUCACUCCUGGAGGUGUCUCAGCUUUUAACCCUCAGAAGGUCGAACCUGCACCCGCAAGCUUUUCCUCAAAAAUCUUCGGUGAUGUCAACAUCUCGGCCUGCGACAUCAUCAAGCCCGCUACACGAUCCAAGGCUGUCGCUAUCGUGCGACCCGAUACAGCACGAGAAUCAUCUCCGGAGACAGUCAAGGACGUUGAGGAUCGCGAAGACGCAGAAGGCCGUCCGAUGCAAGCCGAAGGACGCGAGAAACGUGCCCGCAAACUACGCAAUGACGGUGAUGAGGUCCCUAAGUUUGCGCUGCAGCCCAUACUGGCUUCGCAACCACUUGCAGAACCUUCACCAAUCUUUGACGAGGAGGACAAUCUCCAGGACGGUCCUGUUGAAGACAAGGAGAAUCGCUCACCUGACGGCAGCAAGCGCAAGCCAAAGUCGAGCAGCCCAGUGCGAGUCCAUUCCAUUGUCGAGACCAAGAAGCCAACGGAAAAGGCUGAAACCGAGCCCAUCGUUGCGCCCGACACAGCCAAACCUGUUGCUGACCCGUCCAAGAAGCAUGAGCACAAGACGAGCUCGCUGUCCGCUACUGCUCAGCCCUUCGAGUUCAAACCUCAACAUGGCAGCGCAGGUUACGAUUUCGGCUUUCAUGUUACAAAGCCCUCUGUGGUCAACGAUUUCCUGCUACAAGGUUCACCACCAAGGAACUACAGCAGGAGCCCGGCAACCACUUACCGACCUAGCGAUGAUGGCUCUUUUAAAACAGCGCUCGGACGUGUUCCGUAUGCUGAAAGCGAGAGCGUUGACUUCGAUCCCUCGUUCAAUGAUAUCGAUGCUGUCAUGAAGCAGAUGGAUGAAGGGGGCUCGGACUUCGGUGUUGAGCGCAACGACGACUCCUGGGAGCAGUCCUCUCCCCAGCGGACGCCUCAUGAGUUUGACCGCUUCAACCUACGCCCUAACGUCCACCUUCGUAGCGACGCACCCAGUCCCAGCCCCCGCAGGAUUUAUGCCAACGGGCCAGGAUCUGCGAAUUCGCUGCAGAAUCCCUUCGAUGAUGAGCGCGCUGCGCUGAUCUCCACAUCUCCUGUGCAUCGUCUCAACCACGCUGGAGAUUUGCCAGUAAGCGAUUGGGACGACAUCCUCACAGAAGGAGAAGAGCAGGUCAAGAUGCGCAGUUCGUUCUUUGACAAGCGCGUUGAUGACCUGAUGGGCCGCUUGCUGCAGAACCGCCUGGGCCCGCUGGAGCAGACCCUGCGGCACGUUCAACAUGCACUCACGACGAUGUCAUCCCGCCCAUCGCGCGGCCGUCGUAGCUUGUCUACAGCUGGGCUGGACAGCGAUGCAGACGAUGAAGAUGAUGACAUUGAUGUCGACGCGCACUACCGCAAUCGCUCUCCUAGGAAGGACAAGAGGCUGGAAAAGAUUCGUGCCGUCGUUCGCGACGCACUCGAGUCGCACCAGGCACAGACCGCAUCCAUGCCGGCUAUUGCACCCGAGCCACUGGGAGCUGAGAAGAUUCGCGAAAUCCUGGCUGACGUUCUUGUGUCACACCAGCCACCAGCUGCGCCUGUGGAGCCAGUCUCUACUGAGCAAAUUCGCGCUAUCGUCGAGGAUGCAAUUGCCUCCAACAAGCCUGCAGUACCUGAAACAGUUGUGGAGCCACUCAAGCCGGAAGACAUCAGAUCGAUGCUCACUGAGACGCUUGCGCUUUUUAGCCCUCAGCCGACCGAGCCCAUCAAGCCAGAUGAUGUCCGUUCCAUUGUGAUGGAAGCAUUCGCGACGCACGCUCCCCAACCAACACCAGCUGCGGAACCACUUUCACCAGAGGCUAUUCGCUUGAUCAUUGCCGAGACUCUUACAACGCACCAGGUUCCAGGUCCCGUUCCUUCGAUCGUUGAGCCUAUGCAGCCUGAUACAAUCCGUUCAAUCGUCACCGAAGCCCUGGCAUCUCAGAAGGCGAGCGCUUUGGAGGCACCUAUCGACAUCCCUCAACCUCAGUUUGAUAUCUCUGAGAUUUAUCAGAUGAUCGGCAGUCUUAAGGCAUCUAUUGCUCAAACUACGAGUAACCACCUACAGGCUGAUGAUGUGCGCGAGUUGGUCGACAAUGCCUUCAAGCGACAGACUAUGGAGGUCUCCAAGCGCGACGAGUCUGAAGCCAUCAUGAAGCGAGAUGCACGUAUCGCCGAACUCGAAAGCAUGGUUGAGGACAGCACCCUCCGCCACGAGGCAGAAGAGGAGGCACGCAAGCGUCUCGAGGACCGUGAGGCCGACACAGCACGUUUGCUCAAGGUCACUGAGGAGGAACUCACGCUUCUUCAGGCGGCUGCCAAGGACGAUGAGGCCAAGAUUCGCGCUUUGUUGGAGGAACGCGAUGUUCUACGACGCAACCUGAACUACCAGAUCGAAGCCGAUGAUCUUCGCGAGAAGCUCGCAGUUUCCGAGGCUGAGAACGAAGAGCUCAAGAUGAAGAACAUUGCACUCGAGACCUCGGAGGAGGAUUACAAGCAGAACUUGGAUGUUGUCACCGCUGAGAAUGAGGCACUGACAUUCACCCUGGAAGAGCACCGCAAAUCAGCAAACAAAUGGCGGGCCGAUAUCCAAGAGGCACAUCAGGAGAAUGAUAAGCUCAAGAUGACCAUCGAACAAUCUCGCUACCAGGCAGAGGAGGCUGCUCGCGUGCGUGAGUCCAUGCGUGGCAAGUUUGAGAAGCUACAGCAAGACAUGGUCCUCGCAUCCCAGCAGAUAGCUGCCGAACGCUCUCAAUGGCAGAAGAAUGAGCAAGCGCAUCUUGAAAAGUACGAAGUCCUCAGCGCCCGCAUUGAAGCCGAGGGACGAACGCGCGAGCGUCUUGAGAGGGAGCUUGAGAGGCUCGAGAUGCAGGAGGGUGAGGGUAUGAAGCUGCGUAUCCACUUCGAGCAGUCUCAAAAGCACAACGCCAGGCUUGAAGAGACUGUUGAGCAGUUGAGGAGGGAAUCCGUAGAGCACCAAAAUAACGCCCAUAGGUACGAGCGAGACAUGCGCGAGGCCAGAGAAGCGGCCCACGUUGAGAUCAGACGUACCCGUGUGCUUAUGGAGGCCGACCUUGACGCAGCCAACAAUCAAGUCAACGUCGUCCGCCACAACCUCGAGAGCGAAGUCGCUCGUGUCCGUGCUGAGCUCGACAGCGUUCGCUUGGAGGCAGAGACUGCCAGGGAGAAACAUGAGCUCGAGCUCGAGGCUGCGUCCGAUGCUACCAAACAGGCAGUUGAAGAGGCAGUCCAGAAGAGCAAGCGCACCCUUCACGAGCAACAGCAGGCCUUCGAGCGUGGCUUUGACCGCCUUAAGCAGGAGCACGCUCGUGCUCUCGAAUUCGCCAGGGAAGAUAAACAGCGCGCUGAGGCUUUCCAUGAGGAUAAGCUUGCGCUGGCUGACUCCAAGCUCGACCACUUCAAGGACAAGAUUGCGCUCCUCGAGGAGAAGCUUGUUGUUGCUAAGGAAGCUGCUAGCGCCGCUGUCGCUGCUGCCGCGAAGUCGCCCACAACGACUGGUCCUUCCACUCUUGGAAGCCACGAGAAAAUCUCCCCUCAAGCACUGCGCGAGUCCAUCUCUGUGCUGCAAGAGCAGCUCCAGGAGCGUGAGUCGCGCAUCGAGUCUCUCGAGCAACAACUGUCCGAUGUUGAUACCGAGGCUCCUUCUAAGCUUAAGGAGCGUGACACCGAGAUUACCUGGUUGCGUGAGCUACUGGGCGUUCGUGUCGACGAUAUCAACGAUCUGAUCAACGCCCUCGCGCAGCCAACGUUCGAUCGCGAGACAGUUCGUGAUGCUGCUAUCCGUAUCCGCACCAACCUGCAGAUGGAGCAGUCGGAAAAGGAGCGCCUCAUCUCAGGCGGACAGAGCAACUUCCCAACACUGGCGACUCUUUCCAACUUUGCCUCUCCCAAGGCUGUCCAGGUCGCCGCUGCCUUCGGCAAUUGGCGCAAGGGCCGACAGAACGCUGCCUCCGCCCUUGCAGGGCCAUCGGCAAGCUCAUCGCGCAACCAGACACCCUCUCGCCCUACGACGAACUCUGCUCAGUCCUUCCUCUCUGGCCUGAUGACACCUCCAACAUCCAACAUGCGUCGUACACCCGACUUCCCGUCGUCCUCAAGGCCUAAGGAUUUGCGCUCGAACUCGAUGCAGUCCACCGAUUCGCGCAGCUCGACAGCAACAGAGCAGGGCUUCCCUUCGCUCGGAAAGCGAACUGCUGCACCUAGCACACCGCCGCUUUUGCGCAAGGCAAGCUACGAUCGCGACGCCGCUGUUGAAGAUUACAGCGAUAACGGCUUCGACGACGACAGCACGGUCGAUGGAGGCGAAGUGACACCCAUCGCACUGAGCUUCGGCAACGAGCUGAGAAUACGACGCGACCGUGACUAAACAU